AUGUCGGGAACAAACAAAUCGUCCUCUGUAUUUGGAGAAGACAUAGUUAUAUCAGGCCUAUCCGGUCGUUAUCCAGAUUCUUACAACGUCCACCACUUCAAAAAUAACCUGUUCAAUAAAGUGGACAUGGUGUCCAAAGACAGCAGAAGAUGGGAGCCGAACCAUCCGGAGAUACCGCAACGAACCGGCAUGGUGUACAACCUGGAGAAGUUCGACUCGGCCUUCUUUGGCAUCUCGCACGCCCAGGGCCACAGCAUGGACCCGAUGGUCCGGCUGUUCUUGGAGGUGGCUGUCGAAGCUGUGUUCGAUGCUGGUAUCCACCCCGACGAGCUGGUGGGAACGAGAACUGGCGUCUUUGUUGGGGUUUGCUUUUCUGAGUCCGAGAAGACUUGGUUCACCGAAAAGGUUGGAGAGAACUCGAAUGCGUUCACCGGUGUGGCUAGGUCAAUGAUAGCUAACAGGGUGAGCUAUUUCUUAAAACUGGAUGGUCCAUCCUAUGUUACGGACACAGCUUGCAGCAGCUCUUUGUACGCUUUAGAAAACGCAGUCAGUGCAAUACGUCUGGGUAAAUGCGACAAAGCAAUAAUUGGAGGGGCCAACAUUUGCCUUCAUCCAUUUGUCUCGUUACAAUUUGCCAGACUAGGAGUAUUGAGCAACGAUGGGGCUUGCAAAUGCUUCGACGCAGCUGGUAAUGGGUAUGCCAGGUCUGAAGCUAUUUGCGCCAUCAUCUUGGAAAAAGCCAAAGAUGCUAGAAGGAUCUACAGCACCCUGGUACACGCCAAAACUAAUUGUGAUGGCUACAAAGAACAAGGUAUAACAUACCCAUCAGGAAAGGCACAAAUGGCACUGUUUCAAGAAUUCUAUGACGAAUGCAAAAUUGAUCCAGCCCGACUAAGUUACGUUGAAGCUCACGGAACGGGCACCAAAGUGGGUGAUCCUGAAGAAGUUUAUGCCAUUGAUGAAAUUUUAACAAAAAAUCGUCAGACUCCUUUAUGGAUUGGAUCAGUGAAGUCCAACAUUGGACACAGUGAACCAUCGUCGGGGCUUUGUUCAAUAACCAAGUGCAUUAUUGGAAUGGAGGCUGGCUUCAUGCCUCCAAACUUACAUUUCAAGACACCUAGACAGGGAAUUAAAGCUUUGGAGGAGGGAAGAUUGAAGGUUGUGGUGGAUAAAACUCCAAUUGAUGAAGAGGGUCUUCUAGGUGUAAACAGCUUUGGUUUUGGAGGAGGCAACGCUCAUAUACUAUUAAAAAGGAACGAGAAGGAAAAGAUAAAUGGAGGGCAACCAAAGGAUGAUUAUCCAAGGCUUGUAUUGUUAAGUGGUCGUACAGAAAAAGCUAUGAAAACAUUUAUAGAAGACGUAAGAACCAACAACUGUGACACCGAAUACAUCAGACUGCUUCAUCAGUUAUUCAGUAAGAAUAUUAGUUGUCAUUUAUAUAGAGGCUAUUCAAUUUUGUAUAAAAAUGGGAAAUCUGAAGAAAACUUUGAUCGUUACUUGGGACAAGCACCCAACCUAAAUUUAUGCUUUGGUACCUUUUUCACAACAUGGAAGAUUGUAGCUGAUGUUUUGGUUGGAUAUCCACCUUUUGAGUCUUCCUUACAAAGAGUCCAAAACAUUUUGACGUCAUUUAACGUUAACAUCAUGGACAUAAUCACUGAAGCUAAGUCUUCUCCUCAAGAUAAGAUAUUAGGUAGUAUUUGUGUAGGCAUAGCAAUUAUAGAUAUUCUCAAAUCUGUUGACGUAAAAUCAUCAAAUUGUAUGGCUAUUUCUUAUGGACAUCUAUUGGCUGCCUACUACUCCAACAUCUUGACUUUGGAGGAAACUGUCUUGUGUGGGUAUGUCAUUGGGAAAAAUGGAGCAAAGGCCAAUUUAUUAAAAGAAUUGAACAACAUAAUAAAACCAAAGGGUAAACCAAAAAAUUUCGCCAACAACCUUUACGAAAACAUUCUAAGUCCUUUGGUUUUGGAUAAGGUGGACAAGCAAGACGUACUUCUAGAUCUAGAAACUGGGCUAGACCUGAAAGGGGUAUCAGUAAGUCUUCUUCAAGGGCAAACUUUUACAUUUACAACCCUAUUACAUGCUCUGGGACAACUAUACAUCCUUGGGUGCAAUUUAACAAUUCACAACCUUUAUCCAGAAGUCAAAUAUCCAGUAUCAAGAGGAACACCAAUGAUUUCACCCAGCAUCAAGUGGGACUGGAGGAGGGACUGGUUCGUCAGUAAGUACACCAGUGAAGUGGGGCUCAAAAAUGGUGAGAAGAAUGUAAAGAUAUCUUAUAAAGAUGACGGUUGGUCUUUUAUCAGAGGACACGUUAUCGAUGGUCGCAACCUUUUCCCGGCAGCAGGAUAUUUACAACUGGUCUGGGAGACUUUAUCCUACGUUAACGGCGUCAUAAUAUCGGACACCAAGGUGACCUUCGACAACUGCAAGUUCCUGAGGGCUACAGCCCUUUCCAAAGAACAGUCCACUGAACUCACAGUAAUGAUACAGCGAGUCUCCGGUAAUUUUGAAGUGAUCGAAGGUGACCAGUCUGUGGUAAAAGGAAGAGUAACGAUCUCCAUAAACGAGUUUGAAGAUUUGGAUCUACCUCUGCCUGUUGGAGUUACAAAUGAAAACAAUCUUCCAAUGUCCAAAAAGGAUGUUUACAAAGAACUAAGACUGCGAGGCUACAAUUACAAGGGCCAGUUCAGGUCAAUAGAAUGGUGCAACGCCCAAGCAACAAGAGGUUUGAUCAAGUGGACUGGCAAUUGGAUCACAUUUAUGGAUAAUAUGUUGCAAAUGCACAUACUCCAGACUGACACGAGACUUCUUUACGUCCCUACUGGCAUAAAACAGCUAAGGAUCGAUGCCAGGAAACAUAUUGACGUUUGUAAAACUUUAGGCGAAGCUCCUGAUGUCCCAGUUUAUGUUUACAAGGACAUGAACAUUGUUAGAGCUGGUGCCGUUGAAAUUAAAGGCUUGUUAGCCUCCUCCAUAGCUUUGAGAAAACCUCUAGGAGAACCUGUGUUGGAGAAGUACGUUUUUGUUCCAAAUGUUGCUGAGUUAAAAACCGAAGACUCCAUUAGGAUUAACAUGCAAGUUGUUUUGGAAAACUUUUGGACCAUUAAAGUGAAGGUCGUGGAGUUGGUGGAUGAUACUAAUAUUGGAAAAACAAACUUGUUGUCUCCAUACAUUCUUAAAGCCUUAGGUGAUCAACCCUUAAUUCAGCCUAAUGUUACAGUUCUUAGUACAAGGAACGACUUUGAAUUAGAAAAUAUACAAGUGGAAGAUAGAAACUUGUCUUCUGAAAGUGACUGCCACUUGAUUGUUGGAAGUAACAUACUAAAAAGAAGUCAUAUUCAUCACCAAAUCCUUCUGGCGUUAAAAGAAAAUGGUUUUAUACUUACCAGGGAACUUCCGGAUGUGGAUACAUCAGCUGCUGAUCCAACCUUCACAAUAUUUACUGUACACAAAACUGAAACUGAAAUUUUGUUGUUGCUAAGAAAGAAGUGCUUAGUUAAAGAACACUUAUUGGUGGAUGUAUCAGACGAAAGGUUUCAAUUUUCUUGGCUGGAGUCAAUGAAACGUGCAAUCAAUAAUGAUGAACAUGUCAUAGCUUACACUCAAGGUCACCCCCUAAGUGGAAUUUUGGGUUUGGUUAAUUGUUUGCGCCGUGAACCCGGAGGUCUUAACGUCAAGACCUUCUUCCUGAUAGACCAGGAUUUGCCCCAAUUCAACGUAAAACACCCCUUGUACCUCCAACAGUUGGAAAAGAACAUGGCGGUGAACGUGUACAAGAACGGCAAGUGGGGCACGUACCGCCAUCUGCUUCUGGACUCAGCUUCCGAAGUUGAAGCUGAACACUGCUACGUGAACGUCACCACCAGAGGUGACCUGUCAAGCUUGAGGUGGAUCGAGGGACCGUUGCAAGCUACGACUACAAUGAAGCCCGAAAAUCUUUUGUUGCAUGUGUAUUAUGUGGCCCUCAACUUCCGGGACAUAAUGACGGCCUCGGGAAGGAUCAACGUGGACGUCAUAACGCAGAACAGAACGGAGCAGGAGUGCGUGCAAGGGUUUGAGUUCUCCGGACGUGACAACUGGGGUAACCGUAAAAUGGGGAUGGUGGUGCACGGAGCCUUGGCAACUCUUAUAUCAGCUGACAAGCACUUGCUGUGGGACGUUCCGGACCACUGGACGUUGGAGGACGCUGCUACAAUUCCAGUUGUGUACGGUACCGUAAUCUACGGUUUGGUCACUAGGGCUCACAUGAAAAAAGGGGACGUAAUCCUAAUCCAUUCUGGUAGUGGAGGCAUUGGUCAAGCCGCCAUUCAAUAUGCCCUUCAUUUUGGCUGUCAAGUGUACACCACUGUUGGAACGGUGGAAAAGAGGCAGUUCCUCAAGAAACGGUUUCCUCAAUUGAAGGAUCAUCACAUUGGUAAUUCCAGAGACGUUUCCUUUGAACAAUUGAUCAUGAACGAAACUAAAGGUCGUGGUGUUGAUAUAAUUUUAAACUCACUCGCUGAAGAGAAGCUUCAAGCCUCUGUAAGAUGUUUGGCCAAGGGAGGAAGAUUCUUGGAGAUAGGCAAAUACGAUUUGGCCAACGACAGUCUACUAAAGCUGCAGCUGUUCCAAAAAGAGGCGUCCUUUCAUGGAGUCAUGUUGGACCAACUAUUUGCGGAAAGUCCAAUUAUUAAAAUAAAUAUAACAAGAUACAUUGAAGAAGGAAUUAAAAUGGGAGCUGUUGUACCUUUAACCAGAAGGGUGUUUAGGCAAGAUGAAGUAGAAAAAGCUUUCAGAUUUAUGGCUACAGGAAAACACAUCGGCAAGGUUCUUAUCAAAGUCAGGAAUGAAGAGAAGGAUAAAUGUUCCUUGCCUGGGAUUGUUAAAUUUAAGGGUUUACCAAGGUACACUUGUGACCAAGACAAAAGUUACAUAAUUUUGGGUGGGCUGGGAGGUUUCGGUUUGGAACUAGCCGACUGGUUGGUGCUCAGAGGAGCAAGAAAGCUAAUUUUGACUUCAAGAACUGGCAUCAAAACUGGAUAUCAAUCUUCCAGAAUAAGAAUCUGGAAAUCGUAUGGAGCCUUAAUACACGUAUCAACGGCAGACGUAACUAAAAGGGAAGGUUGCCUACAGUUGCUAAAGGAAGCUGCAGCUUUGGGCACAGUGGAGGGCAUAUUCAACUUGGCGGUCGUUUUAAAGGAUGCCCUAUUGGAGAACCAAAACCAAGACAUGUUUAGAGAGUCAUUUGCUCCGAAAGCUCUUGCUACGAUCCACUUGGAUGAAGUCUCUAGGGAGUUGUGCCGAGGUUUGAAAGACUUUGUGGUCUUCUCUUCGGUGUCGUGCGGAAGAGGAAACUCUGGACAGACCAACUAUGGCAUGGCCAACUCCGUUAUGGAAAGGAUUUGCGAAAAACGUCAUAGUGAAGGUUAUCCAGCUUUGGCCAUACAGUGGGGAGCCAUUGGAGAAGUCGGCUUAGUUGCUGAGCUACAAGAGGAACAAUUCGAAAUGGAGAUUGGAGGAACCUUGCAACAGAAAAUUUCGAGUUGUUUAAAGGUGUUGGAUCUAUUUCUAAGGCAAAACUCUCCAGUUGUGGGCAGCAUGGUUGUUGCCGAAAAAAGAAGUGGUGCUGGCUUUGCAAACAAUGCCGUGGAUGCUGUGGCCAACAUUUUAGGUUUCAGAGACCUUAAAUCUGUGAGUCUCCACUCUUCACUGGCUGAAAUGGGGAUGGACAGCAUGACUGCGGUUGAAAUCAAGCAAACAUUGGAAAGGGAGUUCGACAUCUUCUUAACUGCACAAGACAUAAGGGGGAUGACUUUUGCCAAGUUACAAGAGAUGCAGUCUGAACGAGAGGAACAAGAAGAAACAUUUUUGAAAAAGGAUAAAGCCAUCAUUGGAAUGGACAUGUUCAUCAGGUGCAUAUCAGAAGAAAAGCAAAGCCACCUAAGAUUCGUAAAAUUGAAAUCCAAGUUGGAAAACACUGAUGGUGCCAAAAAGGUUAUACUAUUUCCUGGGAUAGAUGGGCUUCCGUCUAUUUUAAAAUCCCUGUCCCAAAAUUUGGAGGCUGAAGUCGUUGCCCUGCAGUACUGUAACGCAGAUCAGGAGGACUCUUUAGAAUUAAUGGCUGGGAACUUAUUGAGGGUUGUCAAGGAGCAACUGGAUAAAAAUGAGCCGUUCUUCUUUAUCGGCCAUUCGUUUGGAACCGUCAUGGCUUUGGAGGUGGUCAGUUCGUUGGAACGAGAAGGGUAUGGAGGUAGAUUAAUUAGUAUCGAUGGGUCACCCGCACAACAGAUGGAAGUGUCAACAAUGUUGAACGUCAGCUCCUCCGAAUUGUUUGAGACCAGCUACGUCUUACACUUGAUGUCCUCCUACGUACCCUUCGAAGUUAUAGCCAAAAAUAAGGAGGCGAUAUUUAGGUGCACCAGCUUCGAAGACAAAAUCAAAAAGGGCCAGGAAAUCGUCGGUUCCAAACCUGACAUUGCUGAUCACCAACGGGCUGUGGCUGUUGGCACUUAUAAGAGGAUUAAAGGGCUCUUAACCUACAAGCCGACUUACAACAGUAUUAAGACACCAACGACUCUUUUUAAGCCGAAGCUGAACAGCAUGCACGUCAUCAGGGAUGACUACAAGUUGAACGAGACUCUUGGGCAAGUUGUUGAGGUGAAAGUAUUCGAUGGCAACCACGUGACCAUUUUGGAGAACAAGGAAAUGGCUGAAGAAAUCAACAGGCUUAUUCAUGGAAGGGAGGUCGAGGUUAAUGAAGAACAGGACUUCAAUAAGCCAGCCAUAAUUGAACCAAGUGCACUAAAAGUACAAAUACAAGAUAGAAGAAUUUAGUUUAUAAAAUGAUUUAUGUACAAACUAUGAUAAAAAUAGAAUGAGAUAUUUGUUGUGUAAUAUUUAU